AGAAGAAAGAGAACGUUAGGGGAGAGGAUCCGGAGAGGCCAUGGCAGCGGACAGCGGGCAGAAGCCGCUCCAAAACGCCAUGAAAAUGGCCAAAACAGCCAUUCAGCUGGACGGAGGGAACAGGCACAAGGAAGCAUACUGUGAAUACCUCCGAACCAUCAACUACAUAUCACACGCCCUCCUGGAAGAGGCGGCAUCACAACAGGAGACGGUGGCGGUGGAAGGGGAGCGCAUGCUGAGGCUGGCCGAACAGUGUCUGGAACGAGCCAAGUCAUUCAUAGGAAAGAGUCUGGACCCGCCCGGCCCGCCCUCUUCCUCCUCCGGUCCGGCGGAGCCCAGUCACACCCCUGAAGACACAACUCCCGAUCAGACGCCUGUCAGUCCCAUGACGGCUGGACACCGCAGGAUGCUAUCGGAUGGAGGCGAAGAGCGUUCGCCAUUCCUGCCUCCUGAAGUCUUCCAGAGGCUGCAGGUCAUCGCAUCGCAGGACACCAGCAGGAAGGAACUGACGCCCAUCGAAGAAGCAUCACGUUUGAACCAGAAGCUCAAAGCCAACUACGAAGCUCGUCUGGCGAGGCUGCCGCCGGGUCAGGCCUAUCAGAAGACGUCUCUGACACUUUCUCUCCAGCGGCAGAUGAUGGAGAACCUCAUCAUCGCCAAAGCCCGGCAGGACGCACUCCAGAGGAAAAUGGAGGAGCGCAGGCUACGGCUGCAGGAGGAGGCCAACAGGAGGUUUGCGGCGUCCGGUGGGAUGACAGCAGAGGAACAGGAGCAGCGACUGCUCUACACCAAUGUGCUGGAGUAUGAGCAAGACCAUGAUUGGCCCAAACAGUGGAAAGCAAACAUGAAGAAUAAUCCAGAUGCAUCGCUGGUGUCGGAUCUCGUCUCCCACCUGCUCAGCCGCUCCGACCACCCGGUGGUGAAGCUGCUGAGGAAGCACCAGUACAGAGUUUACAACAGACUUUACCCCAUCGUCAGCGGAGGCGCCUCGCUGAGGCCUUCACACAGCUCGAACAGCCUGACACGUCCAGAGACUCAGAAGAAGCAGACGACUGCAGACACCAGCGCCGACCAUCAGAGCUUCAUCAGCUCCUCCUCCUCACUCUCACCGUCACAUUCCCGCGAACUGACCACCGAGGAGGACGAAGAGGAUGAGGCUCACAAGCAGAGGAUGGUGGACCGGGAGAACUCGUUUGAGGACCUGGAGACCUUCCUGACCCAGCUGGACUGGACGCCGUCUGACUGCCUCCCCUCCGAUCCUGAUCCGUCUGAGGGAAACAUCCAGGAGAUGGAGAUGAACGCGCUGAAGGAGCACCUGAAGGCCGUUGUCAAAGACAUCCACAUCGCCAUUGAUCAGCUGCUGUCGCUGACUCUGCUGUCGUUCGAGUGUCUGAACACGUCCACCUACAAGGAUCUGUGUCUGGCCAGCCUCGAGGAGGCCUUCUUCCCUCCUCUGUGGAGCGCCCUGGUGGCACUUUUCAGGAAGGUCCACUGGGAGCGGGAGGAAGCCUUCCAGGCCAGCGUGAGGCUGUACCACGACGCUUUGCCCGGAGAUGUUGGCGUUCCCUCCAAGCUCUUCCCCGGGGACAGCGGCAUGCUGCAGCAUGCUUCUUUUCCCUACGAGUCGGCGGUCCAGGAGCUGAAGCUGCUGGUCCAGGACGGCUGUCCGCAGAGGAAGCUGGAAUGUAUCGUUCGGACGUUACGUCAGAUCUGCAUCUGUGCGGAGGACUACAGGGGGCUCAACGAGGCUGACUCCGCCCCCAAAACAGCCGCCAUCGGCGCAGACGACCUGCUGCCCAUCCUGUCCUUCGUGGCGCUGCGGUGCCAGUGUCCUCAGCUGGUGUCUGAAUGUGCCGCUCUGGAGGAGUUCAUUCACGAAGGGUAUCUGAUCGGAGAGGAAGGCUACUGUCUGACCUCCAUGCAGAGCGCGUUGGCCUACGUCGAAUCGCUGCACACAGGAGUCGCUCACCAUCCAGCCAAUGCAUGAAAAAGGCUCCUUCUCGCACCUUUCACUCCGUGGCUGCAGGACAGCCGAACCUGCGCCGUGCACAUGCAUGUAACCUCCAGCUUUAAAUGCAACGCAAGGACCGUUUUUAAAGUGCGGAGUCCGAACCAGUGCCUGAGUCAUUUCCAGCUGGAGCAGAGCCCGGGACGGAGCCAGCGUCUCUGCAGCCCGGCUCAGGGCGGAGCGCCGUGGGGCUGCUGGCACCGGGUGUCUGAGGGGUCUGUGACUGACGUCUCCUUCAAACGUACGUGUGAAUGUUUGCCUGCUGAACGUGUCUGAAAGUGUUCUCUUUGACCUCCGGCCCGUCUCUCGGCAGCGUGUUCCCCAACGCCUCAGAGCCAGAAACCAUAAACAAGUUCUUAGUGACUCUUCUGCCGAUGUGAACACUUAAGCCUCGUUUGGACGUAAUUACAGUCAUCCAGAGUGGAAGCAUCCUGACAAUUCAUUGUUCCAAACUCCGUAAUAAACACACAGGAAGAUCCAAAGCAAAGAAACAUGAUGAACCGACUUUAAAACAAACCAAUCAUCACGUUUUUAUUCUUUUAAGCAUCAUAGUACUUCUCUCGGAAGGUUUCAACAAUGUGUAUUCAAUAAACUAACUAGGAUCUCAGUACCUGAACUGCUUUAGUUUUGAAUUGAGUUUGAGUUUUAGACAAUAAACCCCAUGGGACACAAAGAGGGAAAACUUUAUGAAUCUGUUUUAAACAAAUCAGUCGUCAUAUUUUUCGUUUUUUUUUUUUUUUGUUAUCCUGAGAUUCAUUUAAUCCCUUGUUAUAUAUUGUAAGCAUUCACCUGAGUUUUGUUCUAACAUUGGAACCACAAUGAAGCUAAAGUCAAGGCUCAAACACAUCAAAUUCCUGUGUGUUUAAAUCAAACACAGCUUCUAGUUUUUGAGUUUAUCCUGCAGUUCCACAUUGAUCUAAUGCUUGGAAUGUCUCCCUACCGGAAGUUGCUGAUUCCUGUUAUUUUGACAAAAUAGUACUAUUUCUGACUAAAUUAAGGUAAAUGAAAAGCUGCCAGAGUUCAGGAACAGUCGUACCUUGAUUUUAGACGUUAUCUCUUUAGAAUCACUUUUUGUGUAACUGGGGUUUGAUUUCUGUCUGGAUAUCUGGUCCAGACAAGAUAAUAGACGUUACAGGUUGAUUCAAAGCGGUUUCUCUCCAAUCACCAGAUUUCCUGAUUUCUAUAUACACAACCUGGUGAAAGUUCUGUUUCAUGUCAUGUUAACACACAAACAGCAGCAGAUCUCUGAAGCUUGGGGUUGACUCCAACAUGAAAAACUGUAAAGGAUAUUAGAAACAGAAGCUGCUUCAUUUGUCUGGCUUUGCUAACAAAACAUUGCCGUGAUGGACCAAAUCUAGUUAAAGAGAUCAACAGGAACAGGAGCUGAACUGCGUCAUGUCCCAAUAAACACACAGAGUGAUCCAACCCAGAAGCAAACCUUGUUUUCAUCUUCUUUUGGUUUUUAAACCCCAAAGUCACUGUUUAUUGGCUGCAAUUGAGUUCAUAAAAACGUCCCAACAGCUCAAAUCUCUUUCAGUCAGUCUUCCGUUCAUAAUUUUUUUUUUUUAAAGAAACUAACCCAGAAAACUAGGAAACGUCAGUCAGUUUUGCUUUAAAACAGAUUCAAAAAGUUUUACAGGUCAUGAAAUGUAAGCGUUGAGCCAAUACCCAGACCAUAAUGUGUACAACUGGAGUAUUCUCAUCAGCAUUAACAUGUUUUCUUCUGCUUACUGAAAACUUCGGACAGCAUAACACUGACAUCCAGCUUUAAUCCAGCAGAAGUAGCAGCAGGAUGAAUUCUGUCCAAACGAGGCUUCAGUGAAGAAAUAAAACAAUUUUACUAAAGAAGGAAUUAAUUGAACCUAACUACAGUUUACAAGUUUUCCCACCUAUUUUGAAAAUGAGUGGAGAUACAAGAUAACAUUUUUAGGCAUGUUUGUGGAGCUCAGAGUGGAAACCAACAGUUGCUUGUUUUGAGAGAGGUUUUUUUUUCUUCUUAACAGGAGGAUUAUAAAUGAGUUUAUCUGUGUUUUCAGGGCAGGUUUUUCAUUUAGUCUCUCAAAAGAUGAGGCGUUGAGGGACCGAGGACGGACCGCUGAACAUUAUUAAUGCUGCACUGUGUGAGCUUGUCCCUUGCUAGUGUAGCCUCGACGACUUCAGGCACUUGUGAUUUUUUUUUUUUUUUUUUUUUUUUUAAUUGCAUGUUACUUGAACAGUUGAGGAACUUCCCAGUCUUAUCUUUUUUUUUUUUUUUUUUAUGUAAUGCCAAAGUUUCAGAUUGGGCUCUUCCUUUGGUCUCCACCAAAAUGUGAAUUGUCAAGGAUUUGAAGUUUAGUUUUUUAAAGGGAUCCAGAGGGUUUUUUUUUUUAUUUACUAUAAGAAACUGUUUCAAAGACACAUAUUUCAUUUAAUAAAUCUUCGACUACAAUUACAGUUUCAGGGCCACAGUAAGAGAAAACUAAUAUGCAAAUAUUUUACCAAUUCAGCAUUUGGAGCAAAAGUUAAAAUUUCAAAUGUGAAAUUUUAAUUUCUCGUUUUUUUGACCUUAUAUUAAAAUAUCUUCUGAUGAAUUCAAUAUUUUAAUCUGAUUCCAAAUCUUUUUUUUUUCUCAAACUUUUAAAAAUACAUUUUCCUAUUGUCCAAAUACAAAGUUUUUUCAAAUUUUUGGCUUUUUUUUUCCUUCUUCUAAAUUCACAAAUAUUCAACUUACAUUUUUUUUUUACUUUAUCAUCAGAAUUCCAGCUUUCAGACUCAAAUGAUAAACUUAAUUGUGAUAGUUUCAUCCUUUUCUAAACAUUUUUUUUGGCAAAUUUACAUAAAUUCAACUUAAAUCUUGAAUUUUCUCAAUUUUUUUAGUUGAAAUUUUGUGUUUUUGUGAAUGCUGAAGCUCCAUUGAAGACAUUUCUUUCAGAUUUUUUUUGGGUCAUCCCAAAGUCAGGUAUUUUGGUUUCUGUUUUCAUUUUUUGUCAUUUCUUCAUCAAUCUCAUCAAGUUCAUUCUUAGAAAAUGUUGACUGAACUUUAACUUAAAAAAAUGUGACAAUUGUUGGAAAGUUAAUAAGUUAUAACUAUUUAAGCUUUAUCCCCCAUGUAUCAAUUGAACCAUUUCCUCAACCUGGCCCUGGAACUCACAGGUUCCACAGAUUUACAGGCAUCUUUUUCUAGUUUUUCUCAGGUUUUUUUUGUUUUUGUUUUCAGCACAGUGAAGCUGUAAAUCCUGGAAAUGUGUUUUGUUUUGUCGCCUGGCGUGGAUUUAAAGUGAACCUCUGUGCUGCAAUUUCACCACUUUUCACUUUUUGAGCACUUUUCAUGUAAAAAUGGCUGAAAUCAAAAGUGAUCUGCAGCUGAGUUCAUGAAUGUUCACCUCCGGGACGACUCGGUCACUGUAUGCAGACUUAACAUCACUAACACUGAAACACUACUUUUUCUUUGAAUUUACUAUUUAAUUUUUUUUAUUAUUAUUAUUAUUUGCUAAAAUCCACAACAUGUGAAAUAAUCUUCGUUUAUUUUUUGUUAACAAUAAAAAUGACUGGAAUGUGCUAUUUCCCAAAAUGGGCAAAGCCACUGUUUGUUAAUCCAUGUUUGUACAUUCUUUCUGACUUUUAAGAGGUAAAAGUUUGUUUUGUUAUUAAAAUAAACAUCUGAGAGCGAUGAGUGUGUCUGAGAGACAAGUCAAUAAAGAGGAAAUGUUACACCAUUUU